UGACCGGCCAAAGCCGAGCCCGUGGGCCUUGCUGUAGUCAGACCUGGCCUUCGCCCCCCGCCGUCUGGGUUCCAGCUCCCAGUGGCCCUCCUUGUGCGCGUGCAGGCCGGGGGCGGCUCCACAGAGCAGGAGGCAGAGGGGAGCAGGAAAUGGUGGUCAGCGCGGGGGUCGGGAGGCGCGGAGCGGAGCACUCGGCUGCAGCAGCUCCCGCUGCCCCCACUCAGGCCCUCUGCAGGUCUGCGGGUCUGUGUCAAGUGUCGCGGUGGUGCACUCGGGCGAGAAUCGGAGGAGGAGGAGACAGCAAGGAUAGGCCCAGGUGCAAUGGAGUCCAAAGAGAAACAAGCAGUAAAAAAUCUCAACACGGAAAAUACCAACCAGGAAAAUGAAAAAAAUAAUGAAAAGGAGCAACAUGCCAAUAAAGGAGAGCCGUUGACCCUCCCUUUGGAAACUGGUGAAUACUGUGUGCCUCAAGGAAAUUGUAGGCAGUUCCGUGUUAGACAGCACAUCCUGCACUAUAGGUGGGAAAUGAUUCAGCGGCUUGGAGAGCCACAGGCAAGGAUGAGAGAAGAGAAUAAGGAAAGAAUUGGGGACGAGGUGAGACAGCUGACGAAAAAGCUGAGAGAAAAGCAGUUCAGUCACAGUCCGCAGUCAGUUAGCACUGACCCCCCUCACCAUGACCAUCGUGAUGAAUUUUGCCUUAUGCCUUGAAUCCUGAUGUUUUCUCUGAAGUUAAUAGAGAAAUAUCAGUUUUCUAAACGUAUAUGUUCAUGCUGUACCUUUGUUGUAAACCUUUUAGUGUUACUUGUUUCCAGUAACCAGCUUCUAAUUGAAUGUUCUGUUUUUGACCCAGUCUGUAAGUUUCUGUCAGCAGGUAAGUUUUCCUAUUGCAUGGAAAGAUGCUUAUUAUAUAUCAUGAAGUUAAUAAAGCAGUUUAAAAAAGCA